CCGCUUGCGUUUCUAACUGGGACAUUACUCCUAGUAUUCCGAUGCUAGCGCCAUCUACCGAGGCUAUAUGUUUGUUUAUGAUUGCAAGGGAGUAAACAAUGCUGUAAAGGACCGAUCUUAUUUAUGUUUGUGAAUUUAAUAUUUGUAAAUGGCCAAAUUGCUAACGUAGACUUUUACAACAUUGUCCUAGCAUGGGCCGAGGCGACAACCUGACCAUCCUCUAUCCAUCGGGAUGCCGAGAAAUCACAGAAGAUUUAUCCCCUGAUGAACUGAUCCGUCGUCUCAAAACUCUUGCCCACACACUUCAGUCCAUGGGCCAAGAUGAUGAGGCAUACAAGGAAUACAUACCACUGGCCAUGCACAUCGCAGACGAGUUCUUCCUGUCUUACUCCAGCCGGGACGUGCAGCUGCUCAUUGCUUGCUGUAUCGCUGACGUGCUGCGAGUAUAUGCACCCGAUGCCCCGUACAAAGACCCCCAGCAAGUCAAGAACUUGUUCUUGUUCCUGAUCCGACAACUUGGAGGCCUGAAGGACCCUAAAGACCCUGCAUUCAAGCGCUACUUCUACCUGCUCGAGAAUCUUGCUUACGUCAAGUCCUUCAAUAUGUGCUUUGAGCUGGAGGACUCGCAGGAGAUGUGCCGACACCCUCGAGCCUUACAUUCAGGGGGUGCGCGACACUUAUAG